AGACAAAAAAAAUCGACGUCAACAAGAAAAAGAGGCUGCCACGAUGAAGACAUCCAAAGGGGUUCAGUCGAAAUCUGCCCUUGAAGAAUGUGGCGUGUGGUUGGACACGGUGGAGCUCAAAGGAAGAGCUAAACAGAAAAAGUCCGCCCGGCCCAUCUCCAAAAUGCUCAACCCACUUGCUAAAGGUGCUGGCUACUGUUUGGCUAUGGUGUUCGACUUCACGCAGACCAAGAUAGACAUGCCAAAGACCAAACAGAGCUUUAUAUCCAGCUACUAUCCACCUCGAAAUAAGUCUGUUGUGGCAUCGGGAGGAAAAUGCGAGAGCAAGACAGACGUCAAAAUGCGCAAAGACAACGCGCACAAGGAAAAAAAUCAUAACAUUCACUGUGAAAUACAAGGAGAGCAAUCAUUUGAGAUGGCAGAGGACAUCCAGUGCAAAGUCCAAGAGGAGGAACCGCACGAGUUGAACAGUAGCCAAGGAUCCUCUAUUCCCUUACCUCAAACGUUAACAGGCUUCGAUCUAAGCAAUGAUGAAAAGGCCUUUCGGAUGGAGGCGAAACGAAAAACGUCCACUCAGAACCCACUUCAACUUGCUCACUCUUCUCAUGACGACGAGAAAGAAAACAGCCUCUUCACAGACUCGCUUUCUCCCUCGAGGAAGCGAGCGAAGCAGCGCGAUGAUGAGGAUAGCCUGGCCUCGAUGUUCACGCAGGACUCCGACGGUUUUUGGGUGAUUGCUCACCGAGCUCAGAGGAGUCCCUUCCAAAAGCGCAACGGCAACGAUGGGAUGAAUGUUUGACGCACUCGUCACACAAGACUCUGAGGGAAAUUUGGUUAUUAAACACUGACACCAUGGAACUGCGAACACAUUCUAAUUUGUAAAAAUACAUUGGUUUUCUUUUAUGGACAUUAAAGGUUUUUCUUUUUAAAAACA